AUAUAUUACAAAGUCAUAUCUAUUGGCAAACCCGAUGACAGACUAUUCAAGAGAAUUCCACAAAAUUGGGCUUAUAAUUGUACAGAUCUUUCGCUUGGACUUCUUUAUAAUCCUCAACUAUUGGUGAUUUCAUUGGAUAAAACUUCAUCAGUACAACUUUGGCUAAAUACUCCACCGCAUCGUAUUAACGGCAAUGACACAGUAAUUAUUGAAUGGCAUCCAUCAACUGCAUCAAAAUGCAAUGAUUGCGUCACAUGGACACCAAAACGAUUCAGUUUCAACUCGACUAACUUUCAACAAACGCAAACACUUCAUAUAACUCGUGUCAAAGAUGGACAAGGUGUAUAUCUUAUCCCAAUUUUUUCUGGAGGUGGGUUCGAUAUAGUUAAUCCAGAACAAAGUCAAAUUUCUAUUUAUUAGAUUUUCAUUUUUGUUUUGUUGCAACUUUUAAAUGACUUAAAUAAAUUGGUCAUUUUACAAGUUCCAUCUACAGUCAACUAUGAUUAGUUGGACUUUAGGGAUCUCAAUCUCAAAUAUUACCUUUUAGAGAGACUUUACAAAUCCGAUAUUUUACGAUGUUCUGCAAAUCAGAUCAGAAAACAGUUGAAAAUGCUCGUAUUUUGACAUUAAUAUUUUACUAGAAAGCCGCCAGAAUUUUGCACUACUAUUAUCUAUUCAUGAAAAUAAGUCGCUUGGGCAGAAUUCUUAUAACUUUUGAAAGGAAACUGGUAGAGACCUGGGGUUUUCACUAUUGGAUAGACCAGGGUAGGGGACGUAUUACUAUGAAAUAACCAGGUAUGCAAUUAAAGUCCAUCAUGGAGAAUCAUUGAACACAAACUUGGCGAGAUUUCCAUCCCUUGAAUGUAAAUACUAUUUUAACUUCUAUAAUAGGUGUCGUGUUCUCUUCUCCUUCGUUUUAUGCUUUCAACAUGUGUCUAUAUAAGUAACAAAUUGAACGGAAAGAAUGAACCAUCGUCCUUCAAUAUAAACACAAAGAUGACUCAUAGGAUGACGAAAUGUAAAAGAUUGAUUCUCAUUCAUUUUAUUUCGCAAUUGUUGCUAGAGACAUAAUAGCAGACGAGCGUGCGUGUUCAUUGAAGAAGCGAAACAGACGAACAUAUGACUCGAUAGUUUCAUUGAAAAAUAGUAAUAAAAAUGAAGUUGCCUCGAAAGACCGUAGUUUAACGAUAGAAAAACUUCGAUGUUUCUCCUGCCUUUUCUAAAACAGACUAUUGUGUAUGAUCAAGUUAAAUUUUUGAAUAUACAUAAUGAAUCAAAAGAAAAUGUCGAAGGUAGUGUGUAUUUAGUUUUAGCAGAGGUCAGAGUGAAUCAGAUUCGACUUAUUUGUCAUCAAUGUGAGUUGAUCAAAAUCUAACGUUAAGCUUUCUCGACCUGGUAUUUUAAAUACACCACAGUAGAGUCCGGUAGACGAAAAUACUUUUCGCUCAUACAGAUGGGAGAUCUAUAAUAAUCUUCAGCCCGAAUUUUCAGCUUUCAGAAGAAGAAGCAGAAGAACAUAUUCACCAUUAAAUUACGAUGGACUACAAAUAAGAAAGAGAUGGGAUGAUGAUUAACUUUUGAUGCUAUACAUGAUGACUGGCUCAAGUUGUUCCGACAAGGAGUUCUAUAGAACGAAUCUGUGAAGUAUCUGUCUUUACAAGCACUGUGAGCAAGAGAGUCGAGUGAGAUAACUUGUAGUGCUAGUCUCUUGAAUUCCCUCUUAUAAGAUAUUUCCAUACAUGAUACAUGUUUUACCUUUCUUUCAUCUAGGACAACAAGAACCAAUCAAUCGUCAAUAUCCCAAUGUAAAAGUACUUAGUUUACAGCUCAACAGUAGAUUAUUACUGACUCAUGUGGAUAAAAUUAUUCAAUUUAAAAAGUUAAAGAAACUUAUUUUAUACACCCCUUUGUCCAGUCUAUUACUACAAGAUUGUAUUAGUUUCGAUCAGCUUCAACUCAUAUUAGAGCAGUCAUCGAAUUUAAAUGCAAUCCAGUUACCAUUAAAAUACUUGAUUGUAUUACUGCACAACGUACCAUCAUCGCUACAUGUAUUGUUGCAACAAAAAGUCAAAUUAUUAGAAAUUCAAGACGAGUGGUCAAUAGAGAACGAGGAAGAUUAUUUGUUAGUUGAAAAAUUAGCAAAUGUAUUUCUAAACGUUGAACAAAUGGGAUUUCGCUCAAAUAAUAAUAACACUACACAACAAUUAUUGAAAGUAGUUAAGAUGAUUUUACAACAUAUGACUUCUUUAAGAAAGUUUCAUAUCCUGUCGUAUGAUGCAGUAAUGACACAUUCACAUUUUUAUUUACAUAGUCCAAUUAUUAUUUGGUUGAAGCAACAAAGUAGCACGUAUAUUGAAUAUGCAAGCACAGUAUUAGAUAUUUGGAUUAUUCAUCAAAACUGA